AGGAGGGUUCCAGUCAGUCACCUUUAUAUUCCCUCGUACAAAUGUUUUCAUCUCCCUCGAAACUCCUCACUCGCUAGCGCUCGGCCGAUCGCUUUCUCUCGCUUUCCGGCGGUUUUCUCGCGCUUCGAACACUUCCAAUCUCAUUCCUCCGGCGAACACCGGUCCGUCCCGAUCUUGAUCGCCUCUCUCGGCUCAGUGAUCUCCAUCCUUCGUACGGACUGUGAAAUCAUCAUCAGGCUCAGUUUAGAUUAAUGUCAGUUGCAAAAGUCAAAACGUCUAACGCUCUUGAUGGGAUGAAAGUGGAGGACGGAAAUGAUUCUUUAAACACAUUCAUCCGGCAAGCUAUAGGAAAAGAACCUCUUCUGUCGCUGCCAAGGUCUGGGGAUAGCCCAGUCCAGUGGAUCCAGCUGCUUCAUGCUUUAGAUCAUCAAGAUUUGCCUGGUUGGCCACUGCUCUCUCCUUUGAAGAUUCCUAUGCAGAAGUGCGAUAAGUGCAAUCGAGAAUUCUUUUCAUCGAUUAACUACAGAAGGCACAUACGUGUGCAUCAUCGGCUAAGAAAGCUUGAUAAGGAUAGCUCCAAAAAUAGAGAUUUACUAGGAGCUUUUUGGGAUAAGCUAUCUGCGGAUGAAGCAAAGGAAAUAGUAUCCCUGAAAAAUUCUACCAUGGAGGAUGUUCCUGGGGCUACGGUUAUAAAGUCUCUGGCAUCAUUGAUACGGAAGCCUGGAUUUCCUGUAAUGCCGCAAUUUUGCAUAAAAGCUGGUUCAUCUCUUUUGGACAUUAUCCAGGCUAGGCCUUUGAGAUUUCCUCUAUCUUCCCAAGAGCUGUUUGCCAUCCUUGACGAUGCAAGUGAAAAAACCUUUUUAAGUGGACCGACCUUGUUGAUGCAAAGAUACAUUUUCGAUAAGGAAGUUGGAAAGAUUGGUCUGGAAACAAAGAACUUGGUUGCAUUCACGUGUUUCAUGUUGGAACAAAAACUGGUUGAAGCAUGGCUCGCAGAUAAAGAUGCUGAAGCAUUGAGGUUCCAGAAGUUGCUGGUGGAAGAAGAAGAAGCUGCUCAGAGAAGGCAAGCUGAAAUUCUGGAAAGAAAGAGACAAAAACGGCUUAGGCAGAAAGAACAGAAAGCAAAGGAUCAAAAGAAUGGGGAGAAGGUUAAUCUGGAGGAUAGUUUUGAUAUAACAGAGAAUGAAGCUUCGUCAGAUGUCCCCGGAAAUUUGAGUUCAUUAGAAUUGGACAUUCGCAUUACAGAUGCACCUUCAGAUCCUGUACCGUCAUCGCUCGAAGUACCCCAGCUUCCAGAUUCUGAAGAAGGGCCAGACUUUGAGAAUGAAGCUGAGCUUGGCAGUGAUUAUUCAGACUUCAGUAGCUCUCAGACUGUUGAACCGCAAAGGGCUCUUGGAGGCGGCCAUCAACACCUACGAAUUACCAGUUGGCAUGUACCUCGAAAACAGUGUCCAGUAUCUGGUGCUUUGCAUGAAUUCCAUGGAUCCAAUUCAUCUAAGCUUGAGUUCAAGCAUAAGCAUGUAAACCAGGAUUCAAGAGCUGCCUAUCCACUCAGCAGCAAGAAAGUAUGGAGUAGAAAAUUAAAACCUGAGAAAGAAGACAAGAAUUUGAAACUUAGAGUCCAUGAAGCAUUCAGCCCUGCUGGGCUUGAUAAGAAACACGAACUUUUGAUUGGCUCUAUAGCUGUUGCUCUUCGAAGUCCUUGUAGCCCAGAAGAUUCAGAUAAUCUGGUUGAGAUAGAAAAUGCCUAUAGAGUAGAACGCCAAGUUCAGAAGCAGGACAUUCAUUCACUAUCCGGCAGGCCUGACACUCUCCAAUGCGUCACUAACCAGCCGAGGGGCAAGCUCUGGAGGCCAGUGAGCCGAAAUGGAGUCAAGGAUUCUGUUAUUGAGAAUGGCAAUAGAGCUUCUGAAGUCGAUGAGAAUGCUGCUGUAAAGGAUGAUUGUCAAACACUCGCUGACGAAAACCUGCUUAUAUCAGCUAGAGUUGAUGGUAGUGAUCACGGAAAUGAGGACAGUUCAGCACAGGUUGUCGCCGGAAAUCCAGGAAACUUGGAGUUUUCGAGCCAUUCUGCACGGGCAGGAAAUCCAGGAAACUUGGAGUUUUCGAGCCAGUCUGCACAGGCUUUUCUUGCGGAGAGAUGGAAGGAAGCUAUUGCAGCAGACCAUGUAAAGUUGCUCUUGCUUCCCGAAUCUGAACCUCCGGGAUCCCCCAAGACCCAAACUGACUCCCAAGGAUCUCCAGAAUUUGGUGAACGCAGCAUUCUUGGUAAUGCAGAGAACCGGAUAGUAAAUGGUGGUAAUUUUGGGUCUUUGGCAUCUGGAAUUGCUAAAGUUGGCAAUAGAGAGAGACUCGACAAGAGCUUUAAGAAAAAGUACAUUCCUAAACAAAGAGGUGGUACAUAGUUUGGAGGUAGCAUAUUUUAUGAUACAGGUGUGCAGUGAUUAUCCCAGACUAGUAUUCUCAGCAGAGGUUCCAGUUUUACCGAUGGUCUUCUGUGUCGUAAUUCAAGGUUGGUUUGGCCGGAAAUUUGUUUUAUACUUCCGUCCUUUCUCUUCGUCGCAUAGCAGCAAAAUGACACAGAAAGUUUUUCAUUGUUUCUUCUAUCUUUCUGGAAUAAACAUAGGCCAGUCCAGUGCCAUUGAGAAGAUCUUAUUGGCACCAA